UCCUCCAUCUGCAGAUGGCAAUAAGGGAGGAAACGGGAGUUUUUGGCUUACCAAGACUGUUAAUCUUUGUCCUCAGUGUGCCAUUAAUGUGACAUGAUGGUUUUAGGACAAUGGGAGCAAUCUGUACUCAGGUCGGCGUUUCUGCAGUAAAGGCUCUACCUGAACAGGUGAAGAUUGUGGAGGUGGGUCCCAGGGAUGGGCUUCAGAAUGAGAAGACCAUUGUCCCCACGGAGGUGAAGAUAAGACUGAUAGACAUGCUGUCAGAGGCAGGACUUCCUGUCAUAGAAGCAACAAGCUUUGUCUCCCCAAAAUGGGUCCCUCAGAUGGCAGACCAGGUGGAGGUGAUGCAGGGGAUCCACAGACGGCCAGGGGUCAUUUAUCCUGUCCUCACACCCAACCUGAAGGGCUUCCAGGCAGCUGUGAAGGCGGGCGCUGGGGAGGUGGCCAUUUUUGGUGCGGCUUCAGAGCUGUUCAGCAAGAAAAACAUAAACUGCUCUGUGGAAGAGAGCCUGCAGCGAUUCGAAGAGGUCACCAAGGCGGCAAAAGAGGCCGGCGUGCCGGUCCGGGGAUAUGUGUCCUGCGUGCUGGGCUGCCCCUAUGAAGGAAAGGUGUUGCCAGAAAAAGUGGCUGAGGUGGCGAAGCGCCUGUAUGCCAUGGGCUGCUACGAGAUUUCCCUGGGUGACACCAUCGGGGUUGGCACGGCGGGCAGCAUGGGCGAGAUGCUGGCGGCAGUGAUGCGGGAGGUACCCGUGGAUGCACUGGCGGUUCACUGCCAUGACACCUAUGGCCAGGCUCUGGCCAACAUCCUGGUAGCUCUGCAGAUGGGAGUGAGUGUAGUUGACUCGUCUGUGGCAGGACUCGGCGGGUGUCCGUAUGCCCAGGGUGCCUCAGGGAACGUGGCCACAGAGGAUGUGGUGUACAUGCUGCAUGGCCUGGGCAUUCACACUGGGGUAGACUUGGCCAAGUUGAUGGAUGCUGGAGCAUAUAUCUGUCGUGCUCUCAACCGCAGGACCAGCUCAAAGGUGGCGCAAGCCUCCUGCAAGCUCUGAGACUUUCCUUCCAUAGAUAUGGGAGGGCUCUGUGUCCCAGGCCUUGUGUCUUCAUGACACAUUGCACAUAAAAGUGGCUCCUAAAAUGUGUAACCAGAGACAUUCUAUUUACAAGCAAGAUAUCGCAAUCUGUGUUCCACUCUUCCUUUUUUGGAGGGUGUAGGCAUGACUCCUGUCUCUUUAUGAAUACUCAUGACAUUCUGGUCUAAAAUGUUAUUUUGAUUCUGAAUGAUGGGCUUUUGUAAAGAUAGCAAACAGAAAAAAUAAGUGUCAGUCUAAAUAUUCACAGUCACCUACGUUCACCAGAAUACUUAAAAACGUGGAAAUUAUAUAUAAGUUAUCCAUGAAAGGGUGCAACAUCCUGCUUGUGAAAUAGAAGGACCUUGAUGGAGCUGGUGCCUUAGAAUGUUCUGUUCUACAUCAUGGAAUCCCAAUGUGAUGUUCCAGAACUCUUGACCGCUUGGUCAAAAUACGUGAUUUUAUGAUAAAAAAAAGAUGGAGAUGAAUUCAUGAUUUUACAGAUUUUUUUUCUGACUUCUUGCUCAGUGCAGGUGGUGUGAAUAUGGGGCAUUGUUGUGUUUGUAUUUAAAUCAAAAUAUUUUCAGAAUUUCAACCCUUUCAGUAAACAUGCCAUUUAUAAAUGAAGGAAGUGUGUCAUUUCACUUUACAUUCAAAAGACAGUCAUGUAUGCAUAACAAAGCUGUCACUGGCCUACAGAAUGGUUAUGAAGAUCUACAAUCAUGUUCUCUGCCCAUGUGCAAUAGUGGUGCCAUCUGUUUAAGCAGUGCAUUGUCAAGUACACCCACUUUACAGGUAAAAAAGUAUUUCACCUCUGAGAACUGUGUGCAGUUCUCCUACCACCUGUCCAGAGGUUCUGAACAGUAAAAUAAACCUUUAUGAGAGGGAAAGUGAUGUAACCGGAUUAAAUCUUUCAUGUGUUAACCCUUGGCAUGUGUGCAUCUCCAUUCCAGUGGUUCUGUAUUUUUUUUUCUAAGGAGCAGGGCUUUGUAGCUGAAUGGUUGUUUUAAUUAUGUUUCACCGUAUCUGUGAACUUUGUUGUCUUCUAAAGUUGAAUCUGUUUUGU